AUGGCAUCUGCUGAAUUUGAUACUCUUUACAAGAUUCUCAUUAUCGGCGACUCAGCUGUUGGCAAGAGCUGCCUUCUGCUUCAGUUUUCCGAUCAAACUUUUAGUGAAAAUUAUGUUUCAACAAUUGGUGUUGAUUUCAAAAUCAGAACUCUUGAUAUCGACGGACAGAAUAUAAAACUCCAGAUUUGGGAUACAGCCGGUCAGGAGCGUUUUCAAUCAAUUACAUCAAAUUAUUACCACGGAUCUCACGCUAUUGCAAUUGUUUAUGAUAUUACAAACCGUGACUCCUUCGAAAACGUCCGUAAGUGGAUAAACGAUGUAGAUAGAUUAGCAACUCCACAAGUUGUUAAGCUUAUCGUCGGAAAUAAGACAGAUUUAGAAGAAAAGAGGCAGGUUAGCAAGAAUGAGGGCCAAGCAUUCGCUGAUUCCCUCGGUGUUCCAUUUAUCGAGACAUCAGCCAAGAAUGCUUCGAAUGUUCACGAAAUGUUCAUCAGAAUGUGCAAAGCUAUUUCUGCUCGCCGCGUUGGAAACAAGAUGGCCGGCCAGCCAGGAAAACCAAUUCCAAAGCCCGGAAGAGCUGUUGAACAAGGCUGUUCUUGCUAA